UCAAACUCAACAGAGACCAAAUCGCUUUGCCCGUCGCUGUUUACAGUUUGGGAAUGGCAAUAGGAGCUUUCCUGUUCGGAAUUAUAUCAGACGCUGUCGGCCGUAAGACCUUAAUGCCAAUUACAAUGUGCAUCGUAUUUUAUACCUCGAUUUGCCUGUCUUUCGCGCAAACUAAGUUUCUGAUAAACUUGUCGAUCUUCGUGCUGGGACUAGGAACGGCCGGUAACAACAUUGUUUUAAGAGUGUAUCUGAUCGAGUCUUUGCCGACGAAAAGGAGAGGAACUGGUUUAGCGAUAAUCGAUAUGUUCUGGAUGGUCGGCUACUUGCUCGCUUUAGGUUUUUCCUGGUCUCUGAUGCCGUCCGCCGUGCGCUCGAUAGGCAAGCGAACCCUGCGACCAAGUUCCUGGCGAGUCCUCGCCGCUAUUUGCGGCGCGCCGAGUCUGAUGAUCGCCUGCGUUUCAGGACUCCUGCCGCCGAGUCCUCGAUACUUAUUGUAUCGUCGACGGCUGAGACAAGCGCUUCAGGUUCUGCGACAGAUGUACGCCAUCAAUAAUUCAAAACAUAUCGAUAGCUACCCGAUCAAGCACUUCAGAGACUUGGAAAACUGCGUGCGUCCGGAGCAAAACGAAACCGAGGACGUUGAAAAAACAUUCGCGAACAUUUGGAACAGAAUCCGCCGAUUAUGCACGCCUCCGUACAGUCGGACUACGCUGUGCGGAAUGUUGGCGUGUCUCCUGCAUUUUCCCGGAUUCAUUUGGCUCGCCUUGUGGAACACGCACGUGCUUCAGGAGCUGGAAAAAAGUGAUGACGUCGGGAACGGAAACGGCACGUGCAACGUCAACGUUCAGAGUGUGGUUCUGGGCUUCUUGCGAAGCUGCGACGAGAUAAAUGAGACUCGUUUCGAGCUCGCCAUGCUGAUAUCGCUCGGCUACGUUGCCGGAGAGAUGUUGCUCAUCGUCGGAAUCGAUAUUCUCGGCAGGAAACCGUUUUUAAUAUCCUCGGCACUGGCGGGCGGCGCGGCCUCGCUCGCGCUUGUUUUUCGAACGCGUCGCAUAAUUCGCGCGGUCCUCUCGUCGAUUUUUCUGGCGGCUUACGCGAUCGGACGCACAACGACGUGCGCUCUGCUGCUGGAGAAUUAUCCCACCGCUCUGAGAUUGUCAUCCAUCGUUGUUAAAUAUCGCUCGUUACGUGCCGCGAAACGUUUAGAUCACUCGCGCUCUAUCUCGUCUCUCGCGAUCCAUCCAAUGGCGGAGGACAAUGCCCGACCGGCCGAGGAAUCCGGCGCGCUCGACGUCGAGAGAAAACUCGACAAGUCGAGUCGCGCGCGAGAUCAAAGGGGCGCCCUCAGGGUCAAGGACAGAUCCGAGGAGGGUCGACUUCCGACCCCGCCUCCGGAUCCACAGUGCUCGACGAUCCCGCGGGAUCGUUCGGGAGUGACGUCUCGCGGCCCCGAUGACGAAGAAGAGGAUCUCGUUACUUACCUGAGCGAGCUCGGCACGUCUCCGUUCGAGGGUCACACGUUCGACUACGACACCACCCCGAAUUCGACCACCUCGGCGAUGGGAGUGGACACGGCACCGUUCACCGAGGAGGCGUUCGAACACCUGGAUCGGCUAUGCGCGCUCACGGAACAGAUACUGGAGCUACGCGAUCGCAGCUCCAGAAUGUUUCGUCGCGUGCGCGGUUUGGAACGCACGAAAGCGCAGCGGAACGCCGAUUGGCGACUGGAAAUUGCCCUGGCGAACGACGAGGACCCGCUUAACGAUUUCGCCGACGAGGAUACGGGUUUCGCGGAGUCGUUGCUGGACGCGAUGCUGUCGAACUGCCGGGACGCCGGAUCGACGCCGAGGAGAAGCGAACGAUCGAGCGUGCGAUUACCGAGACAGCGCAGCCGAUCGCUCGCGCUGACCGAGCAGAAUUUCGGAUUGAAUCUCGUCGAGCGGCCGAGCGAUGCGGACAAGCGGAUCGCGGGAAACGCGAGUCGCAACGGCGGGCCAAAAAUCAGCAAGUGGACCAGAGUAAAGGCGGCCUUCAAAUGGGAGCGCGCGUGCACGAACGAUCUCGCGGACAUCGUGGAAUCUGUCGUCGCUACAUCCACGUCGACAACGAAAUAUCUGAAAAUUCCGGAUACAACUGGCACGUCGCACGGAAGCUGGAGCACCGGAUCGGCGAUGUCGCCGUGCACCAGCGAGAUCUCCAGCCCGUCCACCCCGAUCGGUCGAGUUUCGCCCGCGUUGUCGUUGAACGACGAGGUGUUCGACGAUUCUCGCAAAACUAUCGUAAACCAUGCGGACCGACAACCGCCAUCGGCGAAAGACGAGAAGAAGAAAGACGACUCGGAUCGAUGCGGACGAUUGUUCGAUCACGAUGCCAUUGUCGAGGGAACAAAUUCUAUGGAAUCCUCCAAUGAGACAAGUCGCGGAAAACCGUUGAUUCGCAUCAUAUCGGACGCGGAUACGCCGACGAGUAACGCGAACAAAGGCGGUAAAGAUCCAGACGUAUCUUCGAAGAGACCGACGCCCACCCUGACCAUUACGAUACCGUCGAACGAGGAGGAGAUCAGAAAUUUCUCCUCUCCGGAAUCGACGUCUCCUCUUCCGUCGAGCGCUCAGGAUUCCGGCGGAAGUUCGCCGCAGCGGCCCAAACCGCGUCAAGAUGUUCCGAGUCUGAAAGAGUUCAAGCGACAGUAUUCGACGAUCGAGGAAGCGGUAACACUGGAGCCAAAGAUACAGCGGCAAGAUUCGAAAUGGAACAAGGUCAGACGCGCGUUUCUGACAAACGCCACCUUCAGCGUUCCCCCGAGUCCGGUCAGAACAAUCGCCGCGCAAUCGUUUCCAAACGAUGGUACCGGCAACAUCAACAACAACAACAACGGCCAGGUGAAAGCGCGCGGGGACUAUCAGGCGUUGCGGGAGAAAUUCGGCGCCGAGUUCCAUAGGAAGCUGAUCGAGUGGGAACGACUGAAGAGCGCGCGAAAUACUCGGGACGGCCUGACGUUAAACGAGGAGCGGCUGGCGCCCGAGUUCAAGAAGAAAUUGCAGGACUGGAAAAGGGCGAAGAAGGGUCGACGGUCGAACGCCAUCGAGCAGCAGCGCGUCAGUCGUCGGCGACUGACCGACUGGCAACUCUGGCGAUCAUCCUCUUCGUCCAAACCCGAGUCCAGAUUUUACGGCAAAAAUCAGAAUUCGAUCGGCUCGCGUGGGAGCUGCGCGAGCAUUGGCAGCGCGGGGAGCUUCGGUAGCGAUGGGAAACAGCAUCUCUGCGAGGAUUUCGUCAAGAAAAUGGAGGCGUGGAGAAGGAUGAGCGAGAUCGCCUGUCGAAACAGCGAGAGAUCGAAAUCACCGCCGAGUCGCGUGGCGUCUGAUAUCGACGAGACCGAGUUUGUCGCUCUGGAAAAACUGCUGUUGCUCUUCGGACAGAAAACCAAGAAGGAGCGUCGUGAGAACGACGAAAAGCAACUGAACGAUUGCUUCGAUGGCGAUUCGAGACUCACGGCCGCGUCUCGAGGCGUAAGCUGCGGCAACGAGGUACUGAUUCGCACCUCCGCCGGUUCUUAUCGCUUCGAGGGCAUAUCGCGAGAAUUCACGAGAAAAUUGUACGACUGGGAGAAGUAUCGCGGAAUAUCACCGAGAUCCUCCACGUUCCGUUUGCUAGGACCGGGUUACACACCGUUCGCGCGCAAUUCGAACGAGGUCACAUUGACGGAGUCAUCGAACGCGACAGGAAAAAGUCGCGCGUUUCAUUGGAGCCUGAAGAGAUCCAAAUCGGACGGUAGCGUUUUCGAAAGCGGCAGUCUUCGCGACGAGUCGUUCGCCCUGCGUCGUUCCACGAGUCUGCAAUCUCUCUGUUCCACGGACAAACUCGAGGACGACGCAACGACGAACGUAUCGCCGGCCACGAAUAAUUCGCAGACGGCGAUCAAGGACGACGCCGCGGGGGAGAUGAUGAUGGUGGAGGAUUCGGAACCGGAAGCGAUGAUCGUCGAUAUCGAGGACGUGAUCGAGGAAACUGCCAGUCCUCUGGCGGGAGUGCAACCUCAUCAGACGCCCGUUUACUCGGUCGCAGCCAGCGAGACGACCAGCAUCGCCGUUCCGCUCGGCACGGUCACCUCCAGUCACGAGCCCUCGCCCGUGUUUUUGGUCGACGCCGAGGAGGAAGAGGAGGAGGAUUGCGAGCGAGAAUGGAACGGCAGAACGUGGACGGGAAAUUCGGAAACUCGUUCGAACGAGAACAGUCCGGAACGCUUUCCGAUCUCCGAGGAUGCGAGAACGACCACUUCGUUCGAUGAGGAUAAAUCGAACUGGAUCGAUAAUCGAGAUCAUUGGGAGGAAUCGGGCGACGAAGCGAACAGAGACUCGAUGGGAUUCGAAUCGCUCGCGCCGAUCUACGAGAUUAACGUGAAAACGAAAGAUUACGACGACGAGACCGGCUCCGCGAACUUCGUGGAUCAUUUGGAAACUUCAUCGACGUCCUGGAACGCGGAAGAAUUAACGGACUCGCCGCGCACGUGUGAGGGGACGAACGAGACGAGGAAGAUCGAGGAGCUGGCGAAUAACGAGCGGACAAGCGACCCGGAGAAUCUCCGGGACGAGGAGAACGACGAGACGGCCGAGGAGGAGAGGAAGAUAAUAAUUCCAAGCGGAGAUUCUUCCGAUUGCAAAUCGGCAAAAACGUCGUCGGAUCGUCGCGAUUUCGAGGAAACCUCGUCGAAAUUAUCGAAUUUAGAUACAGACGAUAACGGAGAUGCGACGGAAUGUCGCGACGCUGAUAUCGAGACUCCGGCGCGUUGCAGUUCGCCGGAAUUGCAGAACGACGUCGAUCGACAUUACGAGAUUAUUAUAUUUAAAACAGACACGUGCGACAAUACAAUUGAGAAUCAUCGUCUGUACGAACCGAUUAACUGUCGCGAGAUUCACAAUUCUCGCAACGACAAUUACGCGAAAGGAAGCGUUAAUCCGUCCAGAGCGAGAUUAUCGGACACGGAAAGAUCGACGUUCUUUCAAACCUCGAGAAGUCUCUCGGACUCGACCGUGCGAAUCACUCCGAUGAUCGUCUCGGGUAGCGACGAGGCGCGUUCCGUAGAGAAGAUUUUGAUAAACGAAGAGACGCUGAAGAAAAUCAUCGUUCCCACGACGAGCUCGGAGAGCGAGCUGAAAGGCGCGGAAAGAACGGGAGAUUAUUUUGUCGCUGGUCGUUCGGACGAAAUCAACGACGAUCGAUCGAACGAAUUCGAUCGCGCGAAACCGAAUCGCGACAAUCAGAGCGCGUGCGUCAAGAAGGACGGAUCGUCUUCGUCGAAAAAUGUUUUCGUGAAGACGAAGCGUAUGAUUUUCGGUCCGUUCCGAAAGUCGGAAGAUCGGCAGUCGUCAAGAAAAGAGAGCGACGGAUCCGUCGAGGGCCAGCCCGCGCGUUCGUCCACCAAGUCGAAGAGCAAAUCGAGAUCGGCGUCGCCCAAACUGUGUCGACAGGACGCGCUGUUACGAGUGUCCUUGUCUCUGCCGUGGCCGCUGCGAUCCGCCGCGAAGGAAAGCGACAGCCCGUCCGAGUCCAGAAGAAACUCCGAGAGCAAACCGGAAGACAUGGCGAUGGCGACGAAAGAGAGAAAUUCGCCUUGCGAGGAGAACAAGGCGGACAAUGACGGACCUCGAGAUCAGCCGAUAACCGGCAAAGAACCAACGUCCGUUGAGAACGCGAAGGAAAAUAUUCGUCGCUCGGAUAAAAACUUUGUGACCGCGCCGAUAAACGCGAUUCCGACAACUUUCGCGCGAAUUAUCGAGCAACAGAAUCAAUCGAGACUAACGUCGCAGAAUCGAGAUACGAAUCGAAUUCACGAAAACGAGAAUAGAGAACUCGGUAGAAUCAGAAACAAUCAAGUACAUUUCUUGGACGCGAAACAAGAGAGAAAAUUCAGUUACGCGGAAGUCUGUGCGAAACAGGAGGAAAUCAAAUGCGAGCAACAACAGGACAACGAAAACGCCUCGAAAUCUGACGCGGCCGUAUCGUCGGACUUGAUGCACAAGCUCCGGAUAUUAUCGGACGCCGCGGCGAGAAGAGAAGGUCGAAUAACCGCGAACGUGGAAGCGUUCGCGAUCACCAGCUCGGAAUCGCGCUCCUCCAGGAUACGACGGGCCAAGGAGAGUUUUCUGUCGCGUCGCGGAGGUCCUUUCUGCCGUUCAAUGAUGGAGUCGACGGAAGCGCGAGAGAAUCCCUGGAAACGAACGUCAAUAUCGACGAGCGCUGAAACGUCGAAGUCAAGUGAAGUUGCGACUUCGAAGACCAACGAAAUGGAAAAAAACGCGGGAAACCGAACGGAAGAACAAGAACCGACAAAGACCGCUCGGGACGCGUCCUCGAGCGAAGACAACGUUGAUUCGCCUUCGGACAAGGACGUCGAUGUGCGAUCGGAAUCGCUAGUGAAAUCGGCGAGCGCCGGUAUGAUCAACGUGGAUCCCGACACGUUCGAUCGGCUGGUCGCGGCCGAUCGCGGAUGCGAAUCCUUGCCGAGAAUAAUCGCGAAGCGCCGAGAUUCGUCGGGACCGUUGGCGAAGAUCGUCAGCAAGCUGAACUUCUCGCGGCUGAUUCGAUCCCGCAACGUCGACGGCGGAAACAUGAGCACGAUCUCGACGUUGUGCAGACAGAGUCUGAUGAUCGACACCCGAAAAAGUCUCGAGGAGCAGCCGGACGACGAGCAGGAAGCGGCGAAUAGUUCCGAAGACGUGAGAAGUAAAAAUAAGGAUAACAACAGUCAUCCGGGCGAAUCGUCUAAAACCAUUCGUGAAUGAAAGUUCAAGCGAAUAUCCGAAUGAAGAGUAGGUUGUGCUUUUUUCGCGAAAGUGGAGGAUAUUGAGUCAUAGACGAGCUUUUGAAUGAGAGAAUUAGAAAGUAGCAUUUAAUUAAACGUCUAAUUAACUACGUCAUUUAAAUAUCUAAGCGGCAAUAGAAAAAAAAAAAAUAAAAUGUUUAAUUUUAUAAAGAAUAACUUGCGUUAUACACCACAUGUGAGAUUGACGUUAAAGAAUUGGACACCGAUUGGAUAGCUCAAUUAAUCUAUUAAUUAACAGAAAUCUCAGCAUAUAUUUUUAAUUAUCAGUAAUAAGCUGUCGACAAUAAGCUUCCGAUAGGCUGUUAAUAGAUUAAAAAAAAAAAAAAAAAAAUCAAAAUACGAUUUUUACGUUUCUAGCGAUUGUUUGUAACAAAAUCGUGAGAUUAAAAUAAAGAAGCAGAUAACGCAACUCAAUUUCUCAUUAGCGUCAACAAAAAUACGCAAAAAACAAACGCGAUUUUUUUACGUCUUCGGAGGAAGUCGUGCUUUUUUUUUUUUUUUUUUUAACAAUGGCCCGUGCAAACAACGUGCUCCCGCGAAUGGUAAACACAAUGACGACGAAACCGGCCGUGUUUGAUUAAACGGGAUUAAUGUCCCCGGGGCGGUCUCGAGUGGCGAGGGGCGAGCGGAGCGAGAGGGCAGGCAAAGGGAAACGCGUGUCGCGAACGCGUGCCUCCCCGAAGUCGCCCCCGACUCGAUUCCCUUUCAAAUCCGUGUGCGUGCCCUCUCGAGCCCCCUCCUACGACCAAUCAACCCCUCCGCCAUGUCUCACCGCGGAGAAAGCCCUUCUCCAACGAGCGAGAGGAUCGUCGCUCGAUCGCAUUAAGCGGAUUUCAUUUGGUCCCGAAAUGAUCGCGCAAACAAACAAAAUACGCUCGGCCGGCAUCAGCGCGACUCGUUUUCGACGCGCGAUUAUAUUGUGCGCGGUGCACAACGUCGAUUGACGACGAGAGAGAGACCAUGGGAAGAAUGUUGAUCUCCGACGAGUCCUCGGUGUCCCCUGGGACAUCGGGGAUGCAAACUCUCGCGCUCGCGCGUUCACGUUCCGCUGAGUUUUAAUUUUCUCUCAUGUUUCAUGUAAAUAGAUAAGCUUCGUAUUAAAAAAAAAAAGAGAAAAACGAAUAAUAAUUUCUAAAAAAAAAGCAAUACAGCGAGUGUAAUUUUUUGCAAUGUAAAAUAAAAAUAUUUACGUUACACGUUUCUUGCAACAAACUGGAUAAAAUACGUGUUACUGGCUGUUUUCAAGCCAUUUUUGUGUCGCUGUUGCGCUCGCAAGAUCUCACACAGACCCUCCAGAAUUUGGGAAAAUAAUAGAGGAUUAGGGACAUUAGAGAGAGAGAAAAAAAAACCACAAGACACACCGGAGUGAAACCGAGUGGUAGUACCGGGCUCCGAACGUGUCGGAGAGGAAACGAUCGCAGGUACAGGAUCCUCUGUCGAUUUACGAUUCGAGACGCGCGAGCGCGGGAUCAUCGACGCGCAACACAAUGGGCGGUCGUGUUGCUCGUUGCCUUCUCCAGGAUCGAGCUCCAGGUUCGUCUACCUGCGUCUAUAAUCCGGAAGCGUUCGCGGGAGCACGCACGCACGCACGAAGAGAUAUUGUGUCGUGUGGGAUCCGCGAUUUUCUCUUUCUCUUUCUCUCUUGUCGUAUAUCUACGAGUACGAUAUAAAAUAUAUCAAGCCGGAUCCCGCUCUUUUCUUCUUAGACAAUGUCGUCGAUCGACUUCC